AUGCCGUUUCUCUCAACUACCGUGACGUGGAGGUCACCAAAGGGGAGGUACACCCAUCACCGAUCGGUCGGGCAGGACGCCACCAUUGUGCCGUGCUCCGACAUGAGCGGGACCAUCUUGACGGUUGGCCCGGGGGUGACGCAAUGGGCUGCAGGCGACCGAGUACUUUCGACUUUCCUGCCCGAACAUCAGACCGGCCAAGUGUCCGAGAAGCACCUGGCUUUGGGUCUGGGGCUGCCUCUGGAUGGGGUCCUCGCCACCCAUCGGGUGUUUCCCGCCUACAGUCUUGUCCGGACCCCCGACUAUCUGACCGACGAGGAGGCAUGCACUCUGCCAAUCGCAGCCGUGACAGCGUGGAUGUCCAUCAAUGGUAUGCGGCCUUUGGGGCAAAGCGGUGGGAAAGAUGAGUACAUCCUGCUGCAGGGAACGGGGGGCGUAGCUAUUGCAGGCCUGCAGAUUGCGAAGGCUGCUGGUGCGAAAGUGAUAAUCACAUCCUCUUCCGAUGCCAAACUAGACCGAGCCAAGCAGCUCGGCGCUGAUGCCACCAUCAACUACCGGACCAAUCCAGACUGGGAGCUGGCGGUCACACAAGUCACCGAUGGCCAUGGGGCGGAUAUCAUCCUUGAAACCGGAGGCGCGCAGACUUUGCGCAAGAGUUUCGAUUGCAUUGCGUUCGGCGGAUUGAUCGAUUGUAUUGGGUAUGUAUCCGGUAAAGUGGACGCGACGGACGAUCGACUCAACGUGAAUCUUCUCGCCUUGCGGCGCAAUGUGACUCUGAAAGGCAUCCUCAACGGCCCCAAAGAUCGAUUCGAAGAAAUGCUCCAAUUCUACCAGACGCAUCAGAUCCACCCCGUGGUGCAUCGAUCUUUCCCGUUCAGCGAAGCACCAGAGGCAUUCCGAUUCUUAGAGAGUGGCAGUCACUUUGGCAAAGUCGUGAUCCGAGUGCAAUGA